CAGACAGACAGACAGACAGGAAGACAGACAGACAGACAGACAGGAAGACAGACAGGAAGACAGACAGACAGGAAGACAGGAAGACGGGAAGACGGGAAGACGGGUACACAGCCUGUUCCAAGUGUCAGGCACACAAUCUGCACAGAAGCAUUUCAUUGUCAUUCUAUGCAGGAGUAGUUUGUGAGGAAGACACAGGGAGAAGGUAAGACAGCAAAUAAAUGCGUUUUUCGCUUGUGGUUAAUUCAUCUGCAUCCACCUCAGUCAGUACGUUGGCACUGCGAGGGAGGGGGGCUGUUUCUAGAAAGGAAAUACAGGUUGCAGAAAGAGACAGAGAGAGAGAGGCAGAGAAACAGAGGGAGAGAGCAGGUGUCGGAAAUCCUCUCCUUCAUCUGCUUGUCAUUUACUCCUCUAUGUUCGCUCGUCGUCUGGCGAGGUGAUUGGUUUUGUGAUGCCGGCGUUCUUUUGCUCAUAGGCACCUCUGCAAACAAGAGAAAAACAAGAAGUGAGCAGACAGAGGAAACACAAAAAAAGAGACAGCAUAAAAGAUAAGCCCUUUUUUGAUUGACUAAUUUUUCACCCUUUCCGUUUCUUAUUUGUCGAGACGGGCUGUUGUUAUUUAGAAGGAAGAAAAACACCGGCCCAAUCAAUCCCUCAUUUUCUCUGCACACCGAAUUGAACCUCUCCCUUUAAUCAAUUGUUGAUUUUUCUUUGCCUUGCUCUAAAGGGAUUAUUUUCUCCACCUGACUAUAAACACUGGAAUCCUCAGAUUACCUCUAUCUGUCCUCACCCCCAAUGAGACAGUGUGAACCCCUUUGACACCCCACGGCACCCCCCUCGGCGGAAGUGCCUCAACCCUGUGGUCUCUGAUCUCCAUGCCUGUGUUGACUCACUACUACAGUGAUAACAUGGCACAGCGCUUCUGAUACCAUCUGAUUCAUUCUGUGGUGGUACAGGCAUCCAGCAGACCGUUCUCCAUGAGGAGCAGUAGAAGAUGCCGGCUCUGCCAGCACUGCUGCUGUCAAUACACUUCCUCUUCCUCCUGCUAGUCACCAUGCCGCCACGCUCCCUCGGUCAGACCCCUGUGCUCUCCUCCGUCCGCAUGGCGGCGAUCCUGGAUGACCAGUCUGUGUGUGGGCGGGGGGAGCGGCUGGCGCUGUCCCUGGCCCGAGAGAACAUCAACAGCGCCAUGGAGGGUCCGGCCCGCGCCCGGGUGGAGGUGGACAUAUACGAACUGCAAAAAGACUCCCAGUACGACACUACUGACACCAUGUGUCAGAUUCUACCCAAAGGCGUCGUCUCUGUGAUAGGUCCCGCCUCCAGCCCCGCCUCCGGCUCUACUGUCAGUCAUAUAUGUGGAGAGAAGGAGAUCCCUCAUGUAAAGAUCGGUCCGGAGGAAACUCCCCGCUUGCCGUACCUGCGAUUCGCCUCUGUCACGCUGUACCCUAGCAACGAGGACCUGAGUCUGGCCAUAGGAUCCAUCUUACGCUCGUUCAGUUACCCAUCAGCCAGCCUGGUGUGUGCCAAGGCUGAGUGCCUGCUGAGAUUGGAGGAACUGGUCCGCCGCUUCCUCAUCUCCCGGGAGACGCUGUCAAUCAGGAUGCUGGAUGACAACCUGGACCCUACGCCGCUGCUGAAGGAGAUCCGUGACGACAAAGUGGCCACCAUCAUCAUUGAUGCAAACGCUUCCGUCUCCUAUCUCAUCCUCAAGAAGGCGUCAGAGCUGGGGAUGACGACUGCAUUUUACAAGUACAUCCUCACCACAAUGGACUUCCCGCUCCUGAGACUGGAUGACAUAGUGGAUGAGCAGUCCAACAUCGUGGGUUUCUCCAUGUUUAACACCACCCAUCCCUUCUACUUGGAGUUCAUCCGGAGCUUGAAUCUCUCGUGGAGGGAGGGAUGUGACCUGACGUACCCCGGGCCGGCGCUCUCGUCAGCGCUGAUGUUUGAUGCGGUGCAUGUGGUGGUGGGGGCCGUGAGGGAAUUGAACCGCAGUCAGGAAAUCGGAGUGAAGCCGCUCAGCUGCUCCUCGCCUCAGAUCUGGCAACACGGGACCAGUCUGAUGAACUACCUGCGCAUGGUGGAGUACGAUGGUCUGACAGGGCGUGUGGAGUUCAACAGCAAAGGGCAGAGGACCAACUACACCCUGCGGAUCCUGGAGAAGCACAGAGGAGGCCACAAAGAGAUCGGGAUCUGGUACUCCAACAACACCCUGGCAAUGAACUCCACCAGUCUGGACAUCAAUGUUUCGGAGACGCUGGCCAACAAGACACUCAUCGUCACCACCAUAAUGGAGAACCCAUAUGUGAUGCGCAGAGAGAACUACCAGGACUUCCAGGGCAAUGACCAGUACGAGGGCUUCUGUGUGGACAUGCUGAAGGAGCUGGCAGACAUCUUGAAAUUCUCCUUCAGAAUCAAGCUGGUGGACGACGGGCUGUACGGGGCGCCAGAGCCCAACGGCUCUUGGACUGGCAUGGUUGGAGAGCUAAUCAACAGGAAAGCAGACCUGGCCGUAGCGGGCUUCACCAUCACAUCAGAAAGAGAGAAAGUUAUCGACUUCUCUAAGCCGUUCAUGACCCUGGGGAUCAGCAUCUUGUACCGAGCUCAACUGGGUCGGAAGCCGGGUUACUUCUCCUUCCUCGACCCCUUCUCUCCGGCCGUGUGGCUCUUCAUGCUGCUCGCCUACCUGGCUGUCAGCUGUGUGCUCUUCCUGGCUGCAAGGCUGAGCCCCUAUGAGUGGUACAACCCUCACCCGUGUCUCAGAGAGCGCAGGGACGUGUUGGAGAACCAGUACACGCUGGGGAACAGCCUGUGGUUCCCCAUCGGAGGCUUCAUGCAGCAGGGGUCAGAGAUAAUGCCCAGAGCGCUGUCCACCAGAUGUGUUAGUGGGGUGUGGUGGGCGUUCACCCUGAUCAUCAUCUCCUCCUACACGGCCAACCUGGCGGCCUUCCUCACCGUCCAGAGGAUGGAGGUCCCCAUCGAGUCUCCGGACGACCUGGCCGACCAGACCAACAUCGAGUACGGCACCAUCCACGGAGGGAGCACCAUGACCUUCUUCAUGAACUCGCGGUACCAGACCUACCAGCGGAUGUGGAACUACAUGAACUCAAAGCAGCCCAGUGUGUUUGUGAAAAGCACCGAGGAGGGCAUCGCCCGCGUGGUCAACUCAAAAUACGCCUUCCUGAUGGAGAGCACCAUGAACGAGUACCACCGCGGCCUCAACUGCAACCUCACUAAGAUCGGAGGCCUGCUGGAUACCAAGGGCUACGGCAUCGGCAUGCCACUGGGGUCUCCAUUCAGAGAUGAGAUCUCGCUGGCCAUCCUCCAGCUGCAGGAGAAUAACAGGCUGGAGAUACUGAAGAGGAGGUGGUGGGAGGGAGGCCAAUGCCCCAAAGAGGGGGACCACCGUGCCAAGGGCCUGGGCAUGGAGAACAUUGGGGGCAUCUUCGUGGUUCUGAUCUGUGGCCUCAUCAUCGCCGUGUUUGUGGCCAUUAUGGAGUUCGUGUGGUCGACACGCCGCUCUGCAGACACCGAUGAGGUGUCUGUCUGUCAGGAGAUGAUCACCGAGUUCAGAAACGCCGUCUCCUGUAAGAAGAGUUCCCGUAUGCGUCGCCGUCGGCCCCUCAACAGCUCGGCGGCCCUGCGUAACCCCGCCCGCAUCGCGCUGGGCGCCCCCCGCCCGCUGCGCCUGGUGCGGGAGAUGCGCCUCAGCAACGGGAAGCUGUACAGCGGAGCCGGGCCUCUGACGGGCGGAGCUGGAGGUUCGGGACCCCCUGAUCUGGGCCCCGGUCCCCAGCGGAUCCUCGAUGAUCCCCUGGGAGCCAACACCACCCCUCCUCCUCCACCGGCCCCCACCCCGGUGAUGCUGCCCGCCCGCAGCUGCGCCCACGUGCGGAUCUGCCAGGAGUGCCGGAGGAUCCAGAGCCUGAGAUCGGGCACCUUAGGGGCCACCUCCACCAGAAUACCCCCGUCAUCGGCCCCCCUGCCCAGGCUACCCCCACCCCCGCCCCCCAUCUCAUCCAACACAGACAGUGAGGGCGCAGGGGGGCCCAGCCCGCGGCAGCUACACCACGGCACCCCCCCCCACACCUCCAGACCCCUCCCUCCUCCACAGAACAGCAACACCACAGACCUGCUGGGCGACCAGGACUGAGAGCAGAGGAGCGGAGGUGGGGGGGGAUAUUUGUGCUGCUGAGAGAAACGCUGCUUGUUUCCACCUGAGCAAUGGGAGGACAAAAAGAGGGGGGAGAUGGAGGGAGAAAAGAGAUGAACUGAGCCAAUAGAAAAUGAGACGACCUUUAUAAGGAGAGGGAACACGUGAUAGACCUGAAUACUGUGAGGCGGUCGGUUCAGAUUCUGUCAUAAACUCCCAUUAACAGUUCAGUUUGGACACAUCUGACCACACACAUGACCAGCUGAUGGUUUCCAUUGGCUUCCUCUCCUUCCUCCCCCUCUCACUUCACCUUCAGAUUUGAGGGCGCUAGCUUUCUUUCCACAGACUCUAAAUACCCCCUCUAUUAAAAUGAAGCCUUGUUGGAGGACAUACUGUAUCCGUAUGUGAUUUAAAACCGCAACUAAAAGACUUCCAGAGAAUUAUUUCCUGUUGUUUCUUUUCUUUUGUUGUCUCUCUCGUUUUGUUACCAUUGUUCUAAGUGGGAAUUACAGAGUUAAGUACAGACUACAUGUGACAAUACGGUGGAUUAUGACAAAGUAAGGAACUCGACUGCGGCUUAUUGUGUUCCAGAGUUUUGUGUCCCUCCCUGUGACCCGUAGCUGGAAGCUGGAUUGAAAAGACAAAAGCUAACAGUAGCAGUAGGAAACUGUUUCUUUACACUAAGUGUGUGUGUUUGUACAAAAAUGUGUCUUUAAAUGUGUCUUUAAAUACUUUAAAGUGAGGAGAACCAUGUUCCCUGCAACAGCGCCCUUCUACAAAUGUUAGAUAAUCAGAUGGAGAGACUGAGCAAGAGGUUUUGAAAUGUGAAAUGAAUGUCCCUCGUUAUCCCGGGUAACACUUGCCAAGCCUUUACUCCUUUUUCACCUCUGCUCACACAGCGUUGAGGAGAUAGAGAGGCAGAGCCCGGGAGGAACGACAGGGGAACAGAGAGGGAUGAGAUAGAAAACACGCAGCGAGGAAAAAGGACACCACUGAAUUUGAAUGAGAAAUCCUUCGCUGAACUACUUCCAUUAUUAGAUCUGUCCUGAUCUGUUAAUUCUGGGCAUCUUUUAAGGCGAUUGUUAACGCGCCAGCGGGCUCCAGCUCCUUCUCCUCUCGGUUUAACAACUUGGCUCCUGCCAGACUGAUAGACUCAACACAGCCUCGUCAAUACUGUUUCAAGCUUUUGAUCGCCUAAUUACUCCCCUCGGUGGCAGGGGACUCGUUCAGGAGGGGGGGUUGAACACAGAAACAUGCUGAUAAAUAGAUUUAGAAUAAAUACAUGUUUUUUGUAGCACUGCGCCUGGGAAGAGAAGCUCGUCUAAUGAUGCUGUUAAUGUUACAGCCUAAUGCUCAGCUAGAUCCAAACACUACACUUUAUUAGCCACGGGCCUUAAAGGGAUGGUGGAUUUGCAGAUUGUUAUGCGUUUUAUUUCCACUUCUGCACACCGGUGAUCAUUAAGAGCAUACUUUACAUUGUUACCAGAUUCUCAAUCCCCGAAGUUACCAGUUUUCCCAGCAUGUGGUAUAAUUACAUAGAGCAUUCAAAAAAAAGGCUGGUUUGAAUCUAUAAUUCUCCUAUUGUCCACAAAUCCAACACAUAGACCACAAUCACCAAUGAAUUGAUAAAAUGACCAGACUUAUAAUUAUCCAGAGCAUGUAACCUUUUAUAACUCCAUGCAAUGGAUUUCUAUUGAAUACAAGAAUAAAAACCAUUAAAAUACACACAAAGGAGUCACACCGUUGCUUUGAGCCACGUUUUCUCAAGACUAUUUCUCUUUUCUGAGGAAACUAUGUAAUGGUGCCCAUUUUAAGAGAAGUUACAAAGUAAUUAGGUUUUUUUUUGUAAACACUGAAAGGGAUGAGACCACCGAUAUUAAUCCGAAAGGAAUAAAAUGAAUGCUUACACAACAAGUAGUAUCCUUAUGAAGCAAGAUGAUCAGAUUGAGGUCUAAACUGUAAUGAGUUUUCUGCAGCGAUAUUUCCCUUCAGUUAUCAGUGUGUUCUCUGUGGUUCAACCCCUCUGUGUGAGGGUCCCUUCAGAAGUAAAUGUCCUGAUUUAUUUUGCACAAUAGCCCAUUAUCCCAUAGUAUAUAUAUAUAUAUUUUUGAUAUGACAUAUCAAGUGCUGUAUUAGCAUUUUCUGCACCGCAGGUCAUUGACUCAUCAGUGUCUCAGUGUUUAUUGAAUCAGUUAUCUAAUCAGCUCCCAACAUACUCGCUGUAAAGUGAUUCACUAAACUAAGGCGUUUUGACACACUCUUUUACAUAUAGUAAGUAACUAUUGCUCCAAAAAAGAAACAUAUGAGGGUAAUCUGAUGAAACGUAUCUCCGUCAUCCUGGCUGUGUUUUCUUAGUGUUUGUCUUCUGGUUUGAUUUCCUGACAGCAGAUUGUAUGAAUGCUUUUCAACAGCUGAUUCUCAAUUGAACUUCAUGAACUUGGUUUUAUUUCUUUAAUAUGUUUUCUGGCCCCGUGUUUCCCCACUUGAAAGACCUCUUGACCCCCAUGAGUUUCCUCUAAAACACAUUUACAAACUGCUUCACAUUUAACCGAGGGGUGACAUGCUUUCAAUUCAGAUCCCACCAAAAAGCAGGACUACGAUCCCUCACUUCCCACCCAUCCAUAUUCAGCAGUCAUACAAUGUAAAAUAGAAACCCACCAGUUCAGCCCUUCACAAUUCCCCCUGGGUUAUAAAAAAAAUACAUGGCAUUGUUGUCUGGGCAAACGUUGCAUUGCCGUAUGAAAUUAUGCAUUUCGCAGGGAAACAGAUUUGUCGAGUGUUGUGCUCCAGAUAAUGAAUGAUAACAUUGUUUGCACACAUUAUGCUGUUUCUACCAAUGAUUUCUGUCAGCAGACGCCGGCCUGGAUUCAGUUUCUCUCUGUUUACUUCUCCCUUUGUGUCCUGAAUGCUGACAAGGCAACCGGAGCCAACCCCUUUCCACAAGAAGUCACAGUACACACACACACAUACACAUCUUCAUUUCCAAUUCCCUUGUUGUCCAAAGGUUGUAAACCCACUGUUGUUUUCAAUUGUGUCUCUUUCCUGUGUUCACUUUGGGUUGUUGUGGUACGAAUUCACAAACUUGAUGUGUGACAGCUGCACAUAGACAACGAAUAAGGGUCCAUCCACGGCUUCAAAACAUCAGCUGAAAGCGUUUACUAGAGGCAAGAUGAAGGUUAAAAAGAAUAUUGUUUGUUUGUAUAACUUCUAGUAUGAAGGUAAGGGAGGGUCACAAAACAAAUCAGAAGGGGUGUCUGAGCAGUCACUCCACAAAACAAAGCUUUUUUGUUUAUUUUUAUGUUCUUUUCUUUGGUAUUUUUUCAUAUUUCUAUACUAGUGCUAAAUGGAUUAUUAAAACUGAUGAUGAAUAUUAUGAUGAAAUUGUUGUUAUUAUUCCUAUUAAAGAGCAAGAGGUUCUAUAGUGUGAUUGUGGGUGAAGGGGGGUGGGAGGUGCAAUGGUGCUCUGCAGAGAGAUUGCCCUGUUGUUCAAAACCUAUAGACACACAAACUUCUUUUGGAAUAAAAAAAUAUUCAAACAGUC